CGUGAGGGCGACGUGCUCUACUCUCUUGUCAAGAGCACGCCGAUAGAGCUUUCAAUUGAGCAGCUUGGGCUCAUCGCCGGCCUCCCCUACCAAGGCGACGACGUCUCCCUCCAUGGUAGAGAGGACUGGGUGCUCAAGAACGAGAGCCUUAUCCUCAACGAGCUUGGCAUCACCGAGCUCAUCCGCCAUGCCUCGGGCCGCCCCACCAUCCACUCCGCUAACCCCGAAGGCUGUCUUCUUCUCUACAUCGUCUCCCGGAUCAUCAAACCCAGGAAGCACGGCCACACCAUCAUGUCCGGUGAAGAUCUCAAGCUCAUCCAUGCGAUCAUGCACUCGGCCCCAAUCAAUUGGGCAAAGUUUGUCAUGAUCAACAUGAUGAUUGCCGCGUCCACCAACCACGACCACCUCCUCCCGUACCCGUUCGUGGUGAUGGACAUCCUUGAACGGUUCAAGGUGACCACCACCGUUGGCCCACUCACAAAGGCCACGAAGAUUUGGGCGGUUAGCACCCAAACCUUCAAGAAGCGGUCGGACAACGCCGGACCUGCCACUGCCGAGCCACGGCCCCAUUCUGCUGCUGGCCCAGCCGAACCCCAGGCCCGGGCCAACCUUGCCUCCAUUGCUGACUCUCUCAACCGGCUUCACUUCAAAGUUGAUGGGAUGGAUGGCUACCUUGAAAGACUUGACGAGGCGGUCCAACGCCAAGGAGGAAGACAGAGCAAAAAUCACCCCGAGGACUACCGAAAGAUCUCCUGUUGCACAACCGCCAAGGAGAUGUGGGACAAGCUUGAAGUGACGUACGAAGGUACCGAUCAAGUUCGUGAAGCCAAGAUCGAUUUUCUCACCCAAGAGUACGAAAUGUUCCGGAUGAAAGAAGGUGAGAAAAUUGAUGACAUGUUCGACCGUUUUUCAAAGAUCAUCAACGACCUUCAUGCUCUCAAAAAGACUUACACCAACAAGGAUCUCGUGUGGAAAAUCCUGCGAAGCCUCACACCCGAAUGGAGGUCAAAAGCCGAUGCAAUCUAUGAAUCCAUUGGAGUCUCUAACGUCACCAUCGACGGGCUAAGAGGUAACCUUAAAACCUAUGAAUCUACUAUUCUAACCCCGUCUUUGGAUGAACAAAAGAAAAAGGGGAUAGCUCUCAAAGCCACCAAGGAACCGGUGGAAGAGGCUUCAAGCGAUGACGACAAUGAAUUCGGGCUCGUCAUCAAGAAGUUCCACAAGUUCAUGAAGAAGGAAUUUGAGCGGAAGGGAAGGAAGCACGACGGUCCUCCCAAGUGCUACGGCUGUGGCGAGAUUGGCCACAUCAAGCCAAGGUGUCCAAAGGCCAAACACGGCAAGGAUAAGCCUGGCUUCAAGAAGCAAAGGGCCUACAUCUCUUGGGGUGGCGAUUCCGGCGACGAAUCAACCGACCAAGAGGAGGACGAAGCUGCAAAUCUCUGCCUCAUGGCGCACGAAGAUCAAAGCGACGACGUCCAAGAGUCCCCUCAUAUUGUAUUUUCCGAAGAUAAUCCUCGCUUGGCGAGAAAGGCUAUUUGUGAUGAUCUUGCAGAUUCAUUAGAGAGAGUACACAUUGAAGACGAUGAAGAAGACACGCCAUUAUACACCAACCCGCAACCACAACCUGAGGAAACACCUCAAGUGAUGGUCGAAAAUGAGGACCAAGCGGAAGAAGAAGAACAAGAGGAAGCCUCAGAACAAGAGGAAACCGAGCUUCCCAUCGCCUGGAGAACGCACAGAAACCAUCCACUUGAUCAGGGCACGAAAUCCAGCGAGGAACGCCUCUACUAUGGUGACGGGUCAUACCUUUGGUUUGAUUCCGAGGAGGAACGCACCCGUUUCCUCACCUUCUUCUCUAAACGGGUUGUGGCUCCUCCACAGAUCAUCCCGGAGCGCUACCCGGAGCUGCAGGGCUACGACGACCUCGACGCGCAGCUUCAUCAGGCCGGCCUUUGGCCUUUCGUCUCCCGGGCUCGGAAGGAGAUCAACCCGGCGCUGAUUCGGGUCUUCUACUCCAACCUCCGGCGUGAGGGCGACGUGCUCUACUCUCUUGUCAAGAGCACGCCGAUAGAGCUUUCAAUUGAGCAGCUUGGGCUCAUCGCCGGCCUCCCCUACCAAGGCGACGACGUCUCCCUCCAUGGCAGAGAGGACUGGGUGCUCAACAACGAGGGCCUUAUCCUCAACGAGCUUGGCAUCACCGAGCUCAUCCGCCAUGCCUCGGGCCGCCCCACCAUCCACUCCGCUAACCCCGAAGGCUGUCUUCUUCUCUACAUCGUCUCCCGGAUCAUCAAACCCAGGAAGCACGGCCACACCAUCAUGUCCGGUGAAGAUCUCAAGCUCAUCCAUGCGAUCAUGCACUCAGCCCCAAUCAAUUGGGCACAGUUUGUCAUGAUCAACAUGAUGAUUGCCGCGUCCACCGACCACGACCACCUCCUCCCGUACCCGUUCGUGGUGAUGGACAUCCUUGAACGGUUCAAGGUGACCACCACCGUUGGCCCACUCACAAAGGCCACGAAGAUUUGGGCGGUUAGCACCCAAACCUUCAAGAAGCGGUCGGACAACGCCGGACCUGCCACUGCCGAGCCACGGCCCCGUUCUGCUGCUAGCCCAGCCGAACCCCAGGCCCGGGCCAACCUUGCCUCCAUUGCUGACUCUCUCAACCGGCUUCACUUCAAAGUUGAUGGGAUGGAUGGCUACCUUGAAAGACUUGACGAGGCGGUCCAACGCCAAGGGUACGCCAUGAACGCGUACUUCCAACGCGUUAACUACGUCCUCCACCGUACCAUGGCACGUUCUUUGGGCAAGUGUACGGUCGGACCCGUGGCUUAUGAGCUUCAACUUUUAGAUACCGCUCGUAUCCACCUGGUUUUUCAUGUGUCUCUUUUACGACCAGCCAGGGGUGUUACUCCAUCUAACCCUCCAGCUGCUUUGCCCCUUUCUUCAGAUCUUGAACUGCUCCUGGAGCCGGCUUCAGUCCUUGACCACCGUUGGAAGGGGUCUACCUUGGAAUUGUUAAUUCAAUGGAAGGGUAGACCAGAUGAGGAAUCAAGUUGGGAAGAGUAUGAGUCAAUACGGCAGCAAUAUCUAGACUUCCAACAUGAGGACACGGUGGUUUUCAAAAAUGGGAGUAAUGAUAAGAUUUGGAUCACUUUUAACAAGAGGUCAUGUCAGUAGCUUUAUAAUUAUAUUAGUUCGUUCUCUUCACUUGUUACUUUAGUUUAAAAGACUAGUCAUUAAAUAAAAGGACUCAUAGGUU